CUGUCUUUUCUUCGAUUAUUCUCUUAUUGCACUCCAUUCCAUUCCAGGUUGAUGGCCCACCUUCGAUUGCCGAGAUCUAAAAUUAGUCGACUCCACUGCCAUCAAUAUUACUAGCUCGCUCGUGCCCCGCGGGCAUUUUAUCGAUAAACCACUCGGAGCCCACCCGUUCAGCCCCUCCGACCACACGAUCACUCGGGAGCUGCCUUCUUUGAUCCCCGCCUUCGUCCUCUUCUCCUAAGAUGCCAUUUGAUGGUCUGCAGAAGCAAGUUGGCCAGCUCUUCGCGGUCGGUUUCCACGGCCUUACCCCAAGCCCCGAAAUCAAGACAUUGAUUCACGAGUAUGGCAUUGGGGGAAUUGUUCUCUUCAAAAGAAACAUUAGCGAUGCAGCCCAGCUUCAGUCCCUAACGCUUGCGCUUCAAGAAGAAGCACGAUUAGCAGGGCAUGAGCAUCCUCUUUUUAUUGGAAUCGACCAGGAGAAUGGCCUGGUUACUAGGAUCUCGCCUCCGAUUGCCCCGCAACUUCCGGGCCCUAUGGCUCUGGGUGCCACCAACUCCCCCGAACUCGCGUAUCAGGUCGGGGUAGCUACCGGUGAGAUAUUGAGCGCCGCGGGAAUCAACAUGAACUACGCCCCUGUGUGUGACAUCAAUUCUGAGCCGCUCAACCCCGUAAUCGGGGUACGUAGCUUUGGAGAUGAUCCCGAAUUCGUUGCUCGAUUUGCCAGCGCUACUGCUCGAGGUCUGCGGGAGCACAAGGUGAUCCCUACCGUGAAACACUUUCCCGGGCAUGGUGACACCGCGGUUGAUUCCCAUUUUGGGUUGCCAGUCAUCCCAAAAUUGAGGGACGAAUUGGACCGUUGCGAGUUGGUUCCUUUCCGUCAAGCAGCAGCCGAAGGCAUCGAGGCAAUUAUGACUGCGCAUAUUUCCCUACCUGGCAUUGGUGAUGGCAAGUUACCGGCCACCCUUUCGCCGGAUGUGAUGAAUAUCCUUCGCAAGGAUAUGGGGUAUGAUGGAAUGGUCAUUACGGAUUGCCUUGAAAUGGAUGGAAUUCGUGCUACGUAUGGAACUGAGCAAGGCGCCGUGCUUGCUCUAGCUGCUGGCUGCGAUAGCAUCAUGAUAUGCCAUACAUUUGCUGUUCAAGUGGCCUCAAUCCUCAAGGUUUACCAGGCUGCCGAGUCUGGACAGAUAUCUCCACUGCGGUUAAGAGAGGCUAUUCGUCGUGUGGACGAGCUGAAGCGCGGCUUCUUGAGCUGGGACACAGCAUUACGACCCCGGGAACCAAAAGAAAGCUGGCCUGCUCUGGGAGCAGGGAUAUCAAAUCUUUCUGCGUUAGCUGAGAAAGCAUAUGCCCGCUCUGUGACAGUUAUCCGGGAUGACACACAUGUCCUCCCUGUGUCUAGGUCUGCGAAUGUUGUUUUUCUCUUCCCCGGGGAUCAGACCCCGGCGGGGGGUGCCGUGGAUGGUGAGGGGCUGGGGAGAAAAGGCUCCUACAACGCCUCCGUAUACCUCGGGAUCCUGAAGAAAUACAAUCCAACGGUCUUUGAGAUCCGCUACGGGGCAGCAGGCUUAUCGGCCGAACAAAUGAGCAUUAUCGAAGCCGCCGAUGUCGUCAUACUCACAUCUAUCAAUGCGCGGGAGUCUCCAUUCCAACGGGCAUUGGGCCUGGAACUGCCUAGCCAGACUCGUGCACUGAUUAGCGUCGCAGCCUGUAACCCCUACGACUUUCUGGAAGAUGCCUGCAUUGGAACAUACAUCGCCACCUAUGAGCCAACACCUGAAGCAUUUGUGGCAGUCGCUGAAGUUAUUUUUGGGGUAUCAGUACCUAAGGGCGUCUUGCCUGUUGAGAGUUCAGUGGGGCGAUUAUCAAUUGGAUUGUCCGAAUUGGACAGCCCUAAGGAUAUAUCCCAGCUAUCUACUGUUUGGAAUGCUGCGUUACCUACUUACCCACUCCCUGCUCCGAAGUUGCAGAUAUUGGUCAACCAAGAACAUGGGCACCAUUUUGUUGCUCGCAUGGGUGGUGAUAUCGUAGGAUUCUGCCUAACGUACGCCAGCCAUGCGCCGUCAUACGUGGCUGGUAAUGUUGCGGUGCUUGCGGUUGAUCCGGAGAAGCAAGGCCAGGGCAUUGGAACGGCGUUGAUCUCUAAGGCUACUGAAUGGUAUAGGGUAAACCUGAAGCUCACACGACUCGAGCUCAGCAGUGUGUUCCCGAGGUUCUUCCCUGGUAUUCCCCAGGACUUGCCGACAACUGUACAAGAGUUCUUUGAACGACGUGGCUUUUCGCUGUGGCAUACCAGUCCCCGAAAUGUGGACUUGUACCGAGAUAUCCGGGACUUCAAGGCGCCGGAAGCGUACAUUGCUCGGGCUGAGGAGCAGGGGUAUACCUUUGGUCCUCUGCAGCCCGAGCAUUAUGAAGAAUGCUUGGCUGGACAGAGAAAGAAUUUCUCAGCUAAUGUGUCCUGGGUGGGCCAGUACGAAGAAUUGGAGCCUACAAAGUACCCCUUCAGUGUGAUGGUGGCCUUCGACUCGCAGGGAAAGCAGGCAGCCUGGACGCUGAUGCUUGGGCCUGACUCGCCCGCUCUGCAAAAAGGCUGGGCCCUCCCACCUUUGUGUGGACCCAAGACUGGGCUUAUAGGAUGUGUGGGGGUCGACGCAGAUCAUCGGAAGAGGGGAAUUGGGCUUGCACUGCUCAGCCAUGCAAUGGAGGAUCUGAAGCGAAGGGGCGCGGAAGGCGUGUUUGUCGAUUGGGUGGUUCUGGAAGGGUUCUAUGAGCAGCUCGGCUUCGAAGUGUGGCGGGAGUAUCGACGGGCAACCUUUCGUAUGUAGAUGUAAGACAGUAUUUCCAUAAAGCAGCAUUGUUAGUACAUAUAAAUAUAAGCAUCAUUGGAGCG